UUUGAAAGGAACGAGCCCCCUAUAAAGCCAGCCCCUCAGGGCCAGGUCAGGCAACUUCUCUCCCAGCCAGUGGUUUGAGACAACAUCCCUCCACCAUGAGCUUUUCAGGAAAGUACCAGCUCCAGUCCCAAGAGAAUUAUGAAGCCUUCAUGAAGGCUGCUGGUGUACCUGAUGACAUCAUACAGAAGGGAAAGGAUAUUAAGGGAGUGCUUGAAAUUGUACAAAAUGGAAAGCAUUUCAAGUUCACCACCACUGCUGAUACCAAAGUCCAGGUCAUUGAGUUCACCCUGGGGGAGGAGUUUCAGAUGGAUACUCCUACUGGAGAGAAGGUCAAGGCUGUAGCACACAUGGAAGGUGACAAUAAGCUGGUGACAAAUUUCAAAGGAAUGAAGUCCGUCACUGAACUUAAUGGAAACACAAUCACCAAUGCUAUAGUGUCCAUGAAAGGUGACAACAAGCUGGUGACAACUCUCAAAGGAGUUAAGUCAGUCACUGAACUUAAUGGAGACAUAAUCACCACUACCAUGUUGGGUGAUAUUGUCUUCAAGAGAAUCAGUAAGAGUAUUUCGAUAUGUCUGCUUUUCAUUUCUUUUUCCUGUGUAAAAUUAAUACAAUAAAAUCUGGCUUCUUUAAAGAAA